AGGCAGGUAAGCGAAUCGACGGUACCGUGUACACCUGCAAAGUGAAGGGGUGACGCGUGGUCCACGUUGGCGCAUUCACUUCAGUUGGUGUCGGGUUUUGGUGUCUUGUCUUUUUCUGCACCAACAACUCGUGAAAGGACUCUGCAGUUGCUACUGUUUUACAAGUGGCUCAACCCGUUUGAUAGAAACAAACCCAUAGAUGCUGCACAGGCACAAAAGAAACACUACUUUCCUCUUCCAUAUAUUCUUUGUUGUUGUUGUUUGACGACUGCCUACUACGUCAGUUGUCAUCAUCACUGCACAGCAUGAAUAGAAACUAAAUACCUCGAUACAUUGACCAUAGGCAUCCUGUCUCUUUCCUAGAAACACUUUUUCAUUUGGAGGGGGUCCACCAGAAAGCAGAGAGGUUUCCUUGGCUGGCCACCACCCAAGCGGAUGCCACGUGGAAAAAAGCGAACGCGCGCAGCAGCGGCAGAAGUUGAGCGUUUCACGACUGCCCUAGUAGCGGUGAACGAUCGCGCGAGCUCCUCUGCACCCGCAGCAGACAGCACCUACCAGCUGGUCAUCAUCAACUCGUGUCUCACCAACGAAGACAUUCGGCUUCCUUGUGCGCCGACACCCGCACUUCUCUCUUCCUUCUACGCGCAUUGCAGCACAACAGAGGAAGAAGAGGAUGCCAGCCCCAUUGCUGGCCUGACUCCUUGGAAAGCGGAGUACUGGCUCACUCGUGUGGCGCACGUGCCACUCGGCCGGCACUCCGCGCUUCCGGAUGCGUUUCGGCUGCGUCACGGUUGCGCGAGCCGGCUGCACGCCCGUGUGGUGUACGUGCGAACACCGGUGGUGCACAAGCGCUUUGCCAAAUGGUUUCCUUGUAUUCAACGCGAAGAAGAGGCGCAGCAGAAAAGAGUGUCAGAAAAGACUGAGGAAGACGAUGAUGUGGUUCUUGUGGAGUCCGACGACAUCAAAAGUGCGGCGCGGUCACCGUCAUCUGUAUCUUCGGUAUUUAUCUCACCGUACUACCUCAUCGUGAAUUACAGUGAGAAUCCCGUGUACGUGGGACGCAACCGCGUUCCCCGUGGUCGCAGCGUGCAGCUGGAAGAAGGCGACGUGCUAAGCUUUCUAGAAUGUGCCUUCGACGAUGAAGGCGGCGUGUUGGAUGCGGUCCAUUUAGACCCUUCACAGUCCCCUCGUGCAACUGCGAUCAGUUCAGCAGAAAUCGAUACAUUAGUGGAACCAACGUGGCAGCUCGCGUUUGCCUCUCUGCAGCAAUACGAACCUGGUCUGCAGCUUGCUACGCCAACGUUUCCACUCCGUGUGCGCCGCCGCCUCGUUGCUCACCGGCGGCUCUACGACGUGCCGUCUGUGAUACAGGACUACGUCAAGUGGUGGUGGUCGGUGCAAGGCCACCCCACCGCUGAGUCGAAAUUGUCUUCCUCCACAGUGCCGUUGUGUCUACUACCUGUCAGUCCCUCAACCAGUUCUAGCUGGGUGGUCUCGGGAAACCAUCUCAUUCGUGCGCCGGGCACAGCGCGCAGCACGGCUGCCUCGACAACACCGGAUCGCCCGCCGCUGCUCCGUGAAGGCGACGGUGGCGCUCUGUGUUCGCCGCUACCUCUCCCGACAAAACAUAGUGACCGCAAUUCUGGAUCACCAGAACGUUCUCUGUUCAGCGUCAGUGCUCUUCAAGAUCCUGCGGUAGCUGCCUCCCUUCGCAAAUGGCUCAACGACACGGAGGAUAUGGCGGAGAUAUCCGACGAUGCGCUCUCUCCGAUUUCCGCGCGACUGACGCUGGACAGAGCGUGGCUACGGCGUGCCAUGCGGCGCGUCUGCGGCCCGCAACGGCCGGAGCACUCCAACUCGAUGCGCGCAAGUCCGCACGCCUCAGCCGUGGCAAUCGGUGCAAUGAAAGCUGACAGCAGUUUCCCAUUCUCAUGCGCGAAAUCCGCAGACGGGACGUGCGGCGUAGACGAAGAAACGACUGCGAAACCCGUUGCUGCAUCGGUGCCACCGCCACCACCCAUUGUAAAAGAUGACGUCGCGGAGAGCUUUCGCGUGUCGUCGUCGCCUCUCCGCGGUGGCUCGGCCCCGCAACCCGCCUUUGUUACCCCACCACGUGAGCCGAGUGUCGUGCAGGCCGUUCUCGACGAGCUGCGCCGCAGCCGCAGUGAAGCCGCCGUAAAAGGGCCUUCUGCGCGCGUUGCUGGCGACGACUCCAUAAAAAAAAACGCUACGGAGGCUUCGUGUAGUAACACCGACGUGCCCGUUCGUCGUUCGCUUCACCUUGACGAGGAACUUAUUGAGUUGUUCACGGACAAUUCCCCGCUACAGCUGCCAUCAGAAGCAUGUGCGCGCAGCACCAACAGCCCUCAGAGGGACGGAUCUGUGGGUAACUCUCUCCCCCUGGUCUCUGCAGCGCACGCGGAUGUGUCUACCGGAGCCGCGGGACGUGCCACCGCCGUUCCUGGCGUGCGUCUGGAGGCGGCCGUCUUGCCCGUCUACGUCUUUACCCGUCGCAGUCGCAGUCCGGACGUGUACACACGCGAAGGGGCGUUGCUGCGACCCUUCUCGCCCAUUUCGAGCGACAAGGCCAUGGUGGCAGCUGCAAGCGCGGCUCAGCACGUAUACUACUUUGAUCCAGAGGAGUUGCGGGGUGGGAGGGGUACAGAGAAGGCACAAGGAGAGCGAGAUCGCUCUGCGUCAGCUCCGGCUUCGCCUACUGCGACCACGGAACAGCUUCUUCAAGAAACGGAAGUGGGACCGCAGCUCGGGCGUAAAUCUUCGAAAAUUGCGGAUGGCGGUGCCAUUGAAUUUGAGUGGAUUGACGAGUCGGCACGGAAGGAAACAGCGGGGAAAAGGAAGAGAAGGCGACCGCGGAAACACCCACUGUGA